AUGGCUGAUAUUGAGGAACGGCUGCGAAGCCAUGCACAGGCCUUUGAUGGACUGCUUUCUCUAAUUCCGGCGAAAUUCUAUUACGGGGAAGAUGGCAGCGACCAAUGGAAGCGGAAAAAGCAGACGAAGGAACAGGCGCGCGAAGCGAAGCGGGCGAAACUCGACCCCGACUCGGCCAAGACAGCAAAAGACGUGAUGGAUGAGAAGGCGCGCAAACGUAAGAGGGGUGGAGACGAAGAGGUUGAGGACGAAGACGCAGAUUCAUCCGAUGACGGCGAACUAGGCUCAGAACAGCCGAGAGAGGGGUUGAAGAGGGGCGACGCCGUGGCCAAGAAGCAGAAACAAGACGAGGCUUCUGAGAGUCCUGAAGAGGCUGGUAAAAAGGCAGAAGAGGCGGAGGCCCGCAGAAAACUGAAGGAGGAGAAGAAAGCUCAGAAGAAGCAGAUUCAAAAAGAGAAGAAAAAGGCAAAAGAAGCCGCCAAAAAAACUCAAGGAGAAGACAAACGGGCUGAAGAGCCCACAAACGAUGCUGCCAACUCAAAGACUGCUGAGAAACCUCAAUCCUCAAAGGCCGAAGAUUCUGAUGUUGACGGUGAGGAAGAUGCUGCUGCCGAAAAGCUUUCCCUCGAGUUUAACGAAGAAGAGAACUCCACAUCCUCUGCCCCUAAUUCCCCGGCAUUCGACACAUCCAAUCCCCAAUCGGGCAGCUCUUCUAUAUCAUCCAUCGUUCCUCCAUCCAACACCGCCAAUCCUUCCUCCUCCGAACCCAAACCACUCAAACCCACACCUGAAGAGCUGAGACAAAGGUUACAAAAGCGACUAGACGAACUCCGCGCAGCUCGUCAAGCGGAUGGCCUGAACGGCAAGCCGGCUCGAAAUCGACAAGAGCUCAUUGAAGCGCGUCGACAAAAGGCUGAACAGCGAAAAGCACACAAGAAGCUCCUCCGUCAAAAGGCGAAGGAAGAAGAGCAAAAAGCCAAAGACGAAGCCAUGAACCGCCGUUUCUCGCCGGGGGGCUCCGGCUCACUCCUCGCAUCCCCCCGAUCCCCCGCCGACUCAGUAGGGUCAGGGAACUACGCCUUCGGCCGUGUCGUCUUCUCUGAUGGCCAAAUUGCCGACCCUUCCCUAUCUGAACUACGUGAGAAACCUAAAGCACACGGCCCGCGCGAUCCCGCUUCAGCCCUCAAAGCCGCUGAGGCCAAGAAAGCGCGUCUUGCAGCCCUUGACGAGGAGAAGCGCGCCGAUAUCGAAGAGAAAGACAUGUGGCUCAAUGCAAAGAAACGCGCACAUGGCGAACGAGUCCGGGACGACACCUCGCUACUAAAGAAAGCCCUUAAGCGCAAGGAAUCCGCCAAGAAGCGCUCCGAGCGCGAGUGGAAGGAGCGUCUUGAAACCGUCAAACGGGGUAAAGACAUGAAGCAACAGAAGCGUGAAGAGAACCUGCGCAAACGCAGAGAAGAAAAGGGCAAGUCUGGAGGUGGCAAGAAAGGCGCUGCCGGGGGCAAGGGUGGGAGCAAGCCCCGGCCUGGCUUUGAAGGCAGCUUCAAGGCCAAAGUUGGAGGUGGGAAGAAGAAAUAA